CCCCCAUCCACCCACCCCCCAACAGUAUUCAGCCAUGGGUCUUUCUGUCUCCCGUUUGCUCUCUGGCCUCUUCGGCAAGAAGGAAAUGCGUAUCCUGAUGGUUGGUCUCGAUGCUGCGGGUAAGACCACCAUUCUGUACAAGUUGAAGCUCGGCGAGAUCGUCACCACCAUCCCAACAAUCGGCUUCAACGUUGAGACCGUCGAGUACAAGAACAUCUCGUUCACCGUGUGGGAUGUCGGAGGACAGGACAAGAUCCGUCCCCUCUGGAGGCACUACUUCCAAAAUACCCAGGGAAUCAUCUUCGUCGUCGACUCUAAUGACCGGGAACGUGUCUCUGAGGCACGAGAGGAGCUCCAGCGGAUGUUGAACGAGGACGAGCUCCGGGACGCUCUCCUCCUUGUCUUCGCUAACAAGCAAGAUCUGCCCAACGCCAUGAACGCCUCUGAGAUCACCGACAAGCUCGGCCUCCAGGGUCUCAGGCAGAGGACGUGGUAUAUCCAGGCGGCGUGUGCGACGAGCGGUGACGGUCUUUAUGAGGGUCUUGAGUGGUUGAGCGCAAACAUCAAGAGACGGGUGUAAAGUUUGCCAAGAAUUGGUCGAUCCGUGUUGUGUUCUCUUUCGGCGUUUCUCUCUUCACCAAUCCGUUCUGUUCUAUCCUGUUCGUUCGAAUUGAGCCUGCCGUGACGACGGGCAUUCGUUUGCUAGCUUAGCGCAGAGACCGAACUGGCGUGCACGAUGCCUGCCACGCGAGCCACAACAACCAAAAACGAUACACCUUUUUUUUUUUUUUGCUUUCUGCUUGUUUGUCAGAUUCUCCUCUAAUAUGUUCCGUCUUAUCCCUUCAUGGUCCCUUUCUGUCUAUCUUCUCGUAUUGCGGAGUUUGUUUUUGACGUUCCAUCUUGUAAAUCUUGCGGCGCGCCACUAUAUCUUUGGUGGAGCGUGAACCAUUGAAUGACACCUUGUCUCGUAGAGAUUGGAAGGAUUUUACGUUU